AUGAACUGUGUUGUUAAUCAUUCUUAUGAUCAGUUCUUAAAGCCCUUUCUCUCUAUACUUAUGGCAAAGACAAUCCAACUACUCAAAGUUUUUAUAAUUAGUCCGGAUGAUCAUAAUCGCGACUGCGAACAAGAUCUAGAAGCUGCAAUGCAACAGGUUGCAGACAAGACUAAUUCGAUUGGGCUAGCGCUUCUUCCCGUUCAAAUUCACUCUGGCCACCUCCCUGUAAUCUUUUACUUUCUUGGACUAUCAGUCUUGCUUGCCUUCACUUGUAUCUUGUUCCACCGUCUUCUCCGGCCAUUCAGCCCCUCUCCGCUCUCUCUCUGCGCCGUACGCCGAAUGGCUUGCAAGCGGAAGGCGAAGGCCGGAACCUCUUCAGGUUCUCCCCCGGAAUCGAAGAAGCUGAGGCAAACCGAGGAGGCGAGAGUUGAAGAGGAGGUAGCAACGACUGUGGAUAAAGCUGCUUCUCCGCCGAGGAACCCUGUGACUCAGGAGGUAGCUGCGGCUGAUGAUGACGGAGAGGAAGCGAGGUUUCUUGGCGAACCGAUGGAAGACGAGGAGGCUCGUAAGCAAUACCCCAAGAGAUAUGUUGGAAAGAAGCCAAAGAUGAAUGGGCAAAACAACUCCAACGAUGAUGAAGAUAUAAUUCAAGCUCGUUGUCACUACACAAAGGCGUUGGUAGAUGGAAUCAAUUAUGACCUCUAUGAUGAUGCCCAUUCAGGGGAGAAAGAAGAGCCAUACAUUUGUAAGAUUGUGGAAAUGUUUGAGGCAAUUGGUGGGCUAUUGUAUUUUACUGCACAAUGGUACUAUAGAUCACGAGACACUGUCAUAAAGCACUGUACUACUGUUGCUUGUGGGCGUGUAUUCUUUUCAGAUGUCCGAGACGAUAACCCUCUGAAUUGUCUUGUUGAAAAACUUCAUAUUGUUAGACUGACACUAAAUGUUGAUGAAGAUUUGAAGAGUAAAUCAAUUCCGGUGUGCAAUUACUAUUGUGACACCAAGUACCUGCUACCGUAUUCUACUUUUGUCAAUCUGCCGGCAGAAAAUAUGCAGACUGGAAGUGAUGACUCAACUAUCUCUGUUGAGGAUGAUGUUUGUUUGGAUAGCGAGGUUGAUUCAAAGCUGCCAAAUGGAGAGCGUGCCAAAUCAGAAGUAAGGCUCUUAGACCUAUAUUCUGGUUGCGGAGCGAUGUCUACUGGCCUGUGCCUUGGUGCACAUUUGGCCAAUGUCAAUCUUGUUACAAGAUGGGCUGUUGACUACAAUAAGUACGCUUGUAAGAGUUUGGCACAAAACCAUCCAGAGACAGAGGUUCGAAAUGAAGCUGCUGAAGAUUUUCUCACAAUGCUCAAGGCAUGGAGAAAACUAUGCAUGUGUUUAAAGUUGGUUGAGAAUGACAAUUUAGAGGAGGAUGUAGAUAAGAGUAUACUUGAUUUCUUUGGAAAGGAAGAUGAUGAAGAGGAAGAGGAGGAUGAAGAAGAGGAAGAUGUUAGUGGAAAUGUCAAGAAUGAUUCUGAAGUUUUUGAAGUUGAUUGCGUCAUAGGAGUAUGUUUUGGUGACCCCAAAAAAACAGAAAAGAAGGGAAUAUACUUUAAGAUUCAUUGGAAGGGCUACGGGCCUGCGGAAGACACCUGGGAGCCAAUGAAUGAAUUGGAGCAUUGUAAGCAGGCUAUCAAAAAAUUUAUUACUGAAGGUUACAGAUUGAAAAAAUUGCCUUUACCGGGUGAUGUUGAUGUGGUGUGUGGGGGACCCCCUUGCCAAGGAGUUAGUGGUUUCAACAGAUUUAGGAACACAGAAAGUCCAUUAGCAGAUGACAAAAACCAACAGUUAGAGGUGUACAUGGACAUAGUUCGGUACCUAAAGCCAAAAUUUGUUUUAAUGGAAAACGUUGUCGAUAUUUUAAAAUUUGCCGAUGGAUUCCUUGGACGAUAUGCCUUGGGACGCCUUGUAGAUAUGAACUAUCAAGUGAGGAUGGGAAUGAUGGCAGCAGGUGCAUAUGGGCUUCCGCAGUUCCGUAUGCGAGUUUUUUUGUGGGGGGCGCGUCCUACUGAGAUCUUGCCCCAGUACCCACUUCCUACACAUGACGUUGUUUCAAGGGGUGUUACUCCUACACAGUUUGAGGGGAAUGCCGUUGCUUAUGAUGAAGGUCAUCAGACCCAAUUAGGAAAAAGUCUUUUUCUGGAUGAUGCGAUUUCCGAUCUGCCUGCUGUUGCAAAUAAUGAAGAAAGAGACGAGAUGCCUUAUGGGGUGGCACCCAAGACAGAGUUUCAGAGGCUUAUUAGACUAAGCAAAGAAUACCUAAUGGGGACUUCAAAGGACAACUCUAUACAAAACGUUCUUUAUGAUCAUCGCCCUCUUCAGUUGAAUCCCGAUGAUUAUGCACGUGUUUGUGAAGUUCCCAAGAGAAAGGGUGCAUGCUUCAGAGAUCUUCCAGGUGUUCGUGUGCGUGGUGAUAACAAGGUUGAGUGGGAUCCAGAAGUACCCAGGGUGUAUUUGGCUUCUGGCAAACCGUUGAUCCCAGAUUAUGCUAUGAGUUUUGUGAAUGGGUCUUCAUCGAAACCUUUUGCCCGUUUGUGGUGGGACGAAACUGUGCCAACAGUGGUCACAAGAGCUGAACCUCAUAACCAGGCAAUUAUGCAUCCUGAACAAGAUAGGGUGCUGACAAUUCGUGAGAAUGCCAGGCUACAAGGCUUUCCGGAUUUUUACAAGCUCAGCGGGCCUAUAAAAGAAAGGUACAUGCAGGUUGGAAAUGCUGUUGCUGUUCCUGUUGCGCGUGCACUGGGCUAUGCAUUAGGUCUUGCUCUUAAAGGUUCUGCUGGUGCUGAUCCCCUUUUUAAACUGCCUGCAAAUUUCCCUAACCUUCAAGAUCAGUGCACUGUACACACCUCGUUCCACCAGAGUAACUACAUAAAGGCUUUCACUCUCUGCACGCUUCACUAUUUGCUCAUGGCUUCAGCUUCCAGAUCAAGCACUUGGCUUUUCAGUCUGUCGGAGAAUUGGCUCCCAAUGGCUACUAUAAUAUUCGCUUGCGGGUUUGUCGGUUACGCUGUUUACGACGCAGUGAUGGCCACCGUGUCUGAGCUGCUGCAACGUUUGUUGGUAAUUUCUCCUUUACUUAUAGUCAUUGUAGUUCAUUGGCUCUCCACAGGCAGCCAAGUUAACAUUAGCAUUCCGGGGUCGGAGCCCGGAGCCAUCCAUAGAGCCGGGGGAUCGCCUUGGGGUGUGGCCUUUGUACUAUUUCUGCUCUUCUUUCUCAUAUCUUACCAGCCUUCCUUGCAUGGCCUUCUUUUCUAG